CCAGCCUGUCCCGUUUCAGCAGACCUCACCAAAAUGCCGUCUCAGAUGGAACACGCCAUGGAAAUCAUGAUGUUUACAUUUCACAAAUUUGCCGGGGAUAAAGGCUACUUAACAAAGGAGGACCUGCGAGUGCUCAUGGAAAAGGAGUUCCCUGGAUUUCUGGAAAAUCAAAAAGACCCUCUGGCCGUGGACAAAAUAAUGAAGGACCUGGACCAGUGCCGAGACGGCCGAGUGGGCUUCCAGAGCUUCUUCUCGCUAAUCGCGGGGCUCACCAUCGCGUGCAAUGACUAUUUCGUAGUACACAUGAAGCAGAAAGGGAAGAAGUAGGCAGCAUUGAGCAGUCACGCCCACCCUGAGAAGAGUUCUCCCAAUGGGUCGCUUACGGAAUCCUCCUGCCCCACAGCUUCCCCCGGAUAAGGAUUUCAUGAGCAGAUUGGGACCCUUAGAAAAUGUACAGAGAAAAUCCCACCCCCAUUUGACAAGAGAAAGACAAGCCAGUUAAAGCCAGAUAAGCUUUUGAUUUUUAUAUUGCUUGUAUCCUGUUGCCCUCAAUAAACAGAUUUCUUUUUUA